GCGCAGGCCAGAGGAUUGAGUGAGCGAGCUACGCACUGACAGGAGCUACGAUGAUAAGAAUGUGCAGAAUCGAACAAGUCGAUGGGAAAGGCUAGGGCCCUCUAGGUAGGGGAAGCUAUCCAACGCGAUCCUCGAAGGUGCCAGUGCUUGAGUGACCCGACUAGCUGCAGGAUAUGGUCAACUCACGCUCGUGCGCCCUUCGCAUGCUCGACUCGCUUUUCUUAUCGGAAAGGGGAGCCAAUCCCGCGCGUCUCGAUAUGGUCACGCGGGGAUCGUUGCCCGCAAUCGGCCGGAGAAGGUCGUACCCGUGUGCUGCUCUGGCGAGAGAGUCUGGCCGAGGAGAGGUUAUGUCGUCGUGCCUCGAUUGCAUCGGUUGAUUUUCGAGGGCUGGGCUGGGCUGGGCUUUGAAUUGUUGGCGUUUCGUCGGACUCUUUGGGACUUGGGAUUCUGAGAACAGAGUUUCAACUGGGGCUGGCAGCAUUUCACAUGGAGCUCGCAGGUUAUUUCCGAAUGUCUCGUAACAGAGUCACAUCUCUAAUUGUCGAUAGAUACAGUGGAGAGGAAUCCCUACCAGGCGUUGAUCAGUUGUUCUGUGGAGGUAUCUUCUGUCGUGCCCUUCCGCUGCAGCGUUCUCAGAAGUCUGACGGUGCCGCAAAUUGUGGAGGAACGGAUUCUCGUGGACGAGGUUGCUGGUGUAAUUUCGAUCCAGAGAGGGUGGAUCAUAAUUCGUCCACCCUUUAUGAGGCGCGCACGUCUACGUUCGGGCAAUCAAGCAGAGAUACGCAAUCCGAUUGAAGUAUCUUCAGAAACGGAGAAGUAAUGCCCUGACAACUGUGCUACGAAGGCGAAAUUGAACCGAGCAGAAUUUACACACAGUCAAUUUCCGAGGACCGAACUGUCCCCUCGAUGAGCGCUCCGCAGACGAGGCCUUCUCCAGUCGUGAAAGGUUCGAACUCAGCUUCAGCUAUUGGCAUUAGAAACUUGGAACGUGGACGAGCAUCGAACUCAUGGCGUGUUGCAGAAUGUCAACGCUUGGGCAAUUACUGAGAAUGGAAGGUUGGGGGACUAGCGAGAAAGUCUCGGUUUAAUGACCAAUGUCAACGGGCCAGUAACUCUGAUGAAAGAGGAAGGACCCGGACGAACGAGAUUUGGGAGAAUACCCAAAAUGCGCAAGACUGCGACUCUUGCCUCAAAAAAGAGUCUCCUGGGUGCCUACGAUGUCUGGACGAUUUUCCAAGCAUAUGGUGGAACGAGAGGAGAGAGCGAACAGUAGAACUUCAGAAUUAUCAGUUCUGUAUCUGUUAUGUGGCCGGAGCGAGCACGUAAAGGGUGACGGUUUGCUUCCAGUUUACAGUCAAGUGCAACCAGACAGUAAUUUAGAGUUUGCAUGGUGAGUGAAUAUAUCCUCUUCAAACUUCUAACAGCAUGACUGUUAAAGUGCUUUACCUGUCUUUCAGGCAGAGUAUAGGUAAUUGUCUGUGUUGUACAUCCGAUAUAUACUUACCCUUUGACAAUUUAGAAUUCACAGAUCAACAAGCUCUUUUUGAAAAAAAACCACGAAUGCGGUCAGAGUUAUUUUGAAAUCAGAUCUAUCGUUGUCCCUGAAUUUUUCUUGGUCGACGAAAC